AGACCUGAAGCUCAAAGUGAACAACAGACCUGAGAUCAGCGGCAUUCCGCUGCCUGCUGAGAGAGAAGCGACUGGGAGCUCUUUCCAGUGAGAGCACGACAGGGCCUUCGUGUGCAAUUCCAGGUUUUUCAUAAACACCCAAGAAGCAUCAUGGAGUUUUUCAAGGACUGCUGCAAGAAUUUCUCUCAGAGGAACAAGCAGGAACCAGAAACCCAAGUGAUCAAAAUAAAGGCGCCUCCCAAGGAGAUAAUGGUGACAGGAGAGCUGCCGGAUGAUAGGAGUAGGAUCGAGAAAACAGAAGAUUACCUYCUUUCCAAGCAGCCUCCGGGCGGCAGAGAGGUCCCGUUUGUYGUGCCCACCUUCAAGCCCACUUAUGUUCAACCCCAGAGCCGCCAGUUCUCCGCUCUGCAGCCUGGGCUGCACAGCCCAGCCAGGUCCACGUAUGCGGGGAGGAAAGCAGAACUGCUGGGCGCCAGUUUCUUCCCGUACAACUCGGAGUCCAUCUUCCAUCAGGGCAGCAUGCCGGCGUACAUCUCCCCCGGCCCCGCCCGGCGAGACGCRCUGAAGAGCAGCCCUCAAAGCCCAGGUUGGACUCUGAAGCCUGGCAUCCAGCGGCGCCUGAGCAGCUCCAUGCUUGACCUGUCCAGCCCUCAGAGCCACAUCCAGCGAAUUGACUCCACCUCCAGCACCGUCAGCAGCGCCUCCUCCAUGAUGAGCUCCAUGGAAAGCAGCCUGGAAUCCAUCGCUCUGUCGGGGGACGAGCAGGACCUGGGGAAGGUCUGUGUGCGGAUACGAUACCAGCAGGACGUGGAGCAGGUGUGGAUCACCCUGGUUCAGUGUUUGGACCUCGUCGUCCAUCCAGAUGAAGAGCAGAAGGUUGGCUUCAAAGCAAUCCUCACCGUCCCCAAACCCAUCCAAUUCAAGACCACAGUCAAAGAGUAUGACCAGGUACUGAYGCUACCGAACGCUAAACACUUGCUUGAAUAGCAGCUUGAUUGUUGCACAUGUUGCAUGGCC